CAGUUGCUUACUGAACUACAGCCAACUACAUGUGUCGCCGUAACUUUGAAGUAACAUUUAAUGAAUACAUCUUCAAUGAUUAGAUUAGUACCUAAUUCUUGUUCAACACAUAACGUACGUACAUUGUUAGAGUAUGUGAAUCUCGCAGAUAAAGUAAUUGUCCCGAACGGUCUAUUAUCAGAGUUCUCUCCAAUAAAUAAUGACCGCGGUGAUAAGGCUUCUGGCCAAUACUCGGCCACUAUGUACUUGCGCAUCGCACGCGAAUGUGGACAAACAGUGCUGGGGACACAGUGUUAAACUCUUGGAUGUACAGUGAUCUUUAAAAAGGGUUAAACAUGACUGUUAAGUGACUUUUAUAAGUGAGUGAAAAAUAGAAGGUCGGAAAACAUUGCAAAUGGCGACGGAGGAGGACAUCGACACUCUCAAACUAUAUUGGGAUCACUUCUUCAAAGCGGAGACUGGUACUUAUGAGAAAUCGACAUGGCUGGACUUGUUUCUAGCCGAGUUCCUGAUCCGCGUCAACGAGGGCGCCAACCCGAAGGAGCUGAUCAAGUUCUGUCCUGUGAGCGGGGUGGUGACGCUGGUGGGGUGCGAGCUGCUGUGCGGCAUCCACCGCGUGACGUCAUCCAUCAACACGCACUACUCCGUGCCGCUGCCCAUCCUCGACACGUCCACGCCGGCGCCCGCGCCCACGGCCGGUGGUGGCCAGCCACAUAAUGAGGGAAACGGUGAUAAUGCCAACACAGAACAAAAGCCAGACGAGCAGAAGGCAGGUCUCACAAGUUUAUUCACACGCACCAACACGCAGUCUUCCGAACAGAUACUCAGGAAGUACCUGCUGGGCGGCGUGGCCUGGAGGUGCCUCGUGCUGCUCAAAGCUCUGGGAGUUGAGGGCCUGUCGUGUUGCCGGCAGCUGAGCUCGGUGCUGAUCUGGUUGUUCGGCGAGCUGAGCGGCGCCACCACCAGCACCACCAGCUCCGGCAGCGAGGCGGUACUGUCCCCCGCCACGCCGCGCACUCCCAUACACCAGCUCUUCUCACAUAAAAUAUGGUCGAAACAGAAGCCGAUUGGCGGGCAAACGUCCAAAAUGCAGUCUGCGCCUGCUUCAGAGCGGGGCUCCGUUACUGGCAGAUCACGACACUCUGCACAGCCAAAGCUAGAUUCACUCGAACGAACGAAGAAAAGACUUUCGAAGCAAAUGGACCAAUCCUCCGAGUCGGGGGACUCCAACGACGACCUGCAGAUACUGAACCGCUCUCUAACCAUCAAAGUAGUCACCCCCAACGACGACUUCGAGUACUUCAACAGCACGCGCUCGUCCAACGAGUACCCCAACGAGUCCUACUACGACCCGUACUACACGCCGCGGAAACCCAAACCCAAGGCCGAGGACUACAUCAACGACAAACACAGGGAGAUCAUCAACCUGGAGAUCACCACAUUCCAAUUCACUUUAAUUAUAACAGACCUACUACAGGAGUUGUGUAAGGCAGAAAGUAGUCUGUCCGGGUCAGAAGGAUCACAGAUCUCAAUGCAGUGCAUUAACUUCUCCCUGCGGAACAUAUGUUCGCUACAGUUCAGCUCACUGCCGCAACCACAAGAUAAUGCGGUAGAAGUGUCCAGAAUAAAGGUGGCCCUCACAGAACUACUGAUGGUGUCACUGGACCAGGUGCUCAUCCACUCCGACCUCUGUGCCAAACUAAUCAACAACGGCAUCCUGCCGAUGUUGCUGCGGAUACUAGAAGACGUCAUCUCGAAAUGCAGACAAAAUAAACUCGAAUACCAGAAUCGUAAAGAGGAUAAGACUGAAUCUGACAAUUUGCUCAAGUUUGUGUUUGGGAUCGCGUACUCAAUAACCGCGUUCUUCCAUUGUUUACUGAUGCAGUGCCGCAGCGUGGACAAACUGCGCGAGUUCACGGAGCAGUUCAAGCUGUACGGGGAGUGCCUCAAGGGCGGGCUGCUGAAGGAGUGCAUCGAGCUGAUGAUCAGGAUCCCGGCCACGGGGGACGAGCCCGUGGUGCUGAUCAAGAAGCUGAUCGAGACGGUGGGCAAGCUGGUGGUGGGCAUGAAGCGCGUGCGCAGCGAGGUGCUGCACUCGGCGGCGUGCGCGCGCGCGCGCCACAAGGCGUGCCGCGCGCGCGUGGCCGCCGGCCUGCACCACCACCACGACGUGCUGGGCGACGCGGGGCCCGGCCUGCCGCCCGCCGCCUGCUGCCUGGCCGUGCUCGUGGCCACGCUCAGCGCGCUGCUCACCGACGACGAGGUGGCCGCGCGGCCCGCGCUGCGCACCAAGAUCCUCAAGGUCAUGCUCAACUGCGGCGUGUGCUGCUGCUUCUCGCCCGGCCUGCUGAUGGAGAGCAUCGUGCGCCUCAUGCUGACGCACGGCGGCGUGGCCCCGCUGUGUCUGCAGCUCCUGGAGCACACCGUGUACGGCGAGCUGGGCGCCAGCAUCCUGCUGCCCAAGGUCACGGACCAGCUGCCCUGCUCCAUCUGCGAGCCCUGCGACGACAGGAGGGAGGUGAGCAAGAAGCACUGCUCGCACGGCAUCAGCCCCAUCGACAGGAAGAGCGUGUGGUCGUUCCUGUACCACUACAACUCGCUGCUGCAGCUCGACAACCACAACAACGUGCUGCACGCCACCGUCAGCCAUCUGCUCAGGGUCACUCCCAAGUGCAGGAUGGAGAUGAAGUCAGAGCUGCUGUUUAGCGUGAUAUACCCCACGUUUAUAGUGGCCAAGCACAGGUACAUGAUACGGAUGGAAGAGUCCGCGUACUUCCUAACCGUGUCGUGUUUGAAUAUAUUCGCAAGUUUACUAAACACGGUGUCUUUCGCGGAACAAUUUAUCCAAAAAGGUGGACUCAGUUAUGUGCUGGAACUGGUCUCGCUCUCUGAAUUUUCCGACCAGUGCUGUUCCAUACUGGAGAUAGCGAUAAUCGUGGAAGUGUUCAAACUGAUGAAGGAGAACUCGGAGCUGUCGUACUUCCGGGAGAUGAGUUCGCUGGCGUCGGUGCAGAUGUUGUUCAAGUCGCUGACGGAGGUGACGGACAAGUGCUACAAGAUAUACCGGCUGAAGCUGCCGGAGGCGCAGUUCCGCGAGCUGUGCGACGUCAGCAAGGAGCGCGACAUGCUGGCGCUGGUGCAGCCCGCCGAGCCCCGCGCCGCCACGCUCACUGCGUCACCCCCCGCCCCUGGCACUGUAGAGGAGCACGUGGAGGGGCACGUGGACACGCUGAAGCACGCGUGCACGUUCUGGAAGACGUGCGCGGCGCUGUGCGCGCACAGCCCGGCCUUCCGCGAGCACGUGCUGGGGGAGCCCGCGCUGCUCGACAGCUACGCGCUGCUCAAGCUGCUGCUGCACGCCCUGUGCACCAGGACCACGCAGCCACAGGAGCUGCGUCUGCUCGUCCGCCUCGUCGAGGCACUGCUUACCAUGCAGCUCUCCCUCUCAGAUGUGACAUCAGGCCGUUCUAAAGAGGUGAGCUGUGCCUUGGUCCGGGCGGCGCUGGCGACGGGCGGCGCAGGCGAGGGCGGCGCGGGCGCGCUGGAGGGCGGCGGCGGGCUGCGCGCGCUGUGCGAGGCGCUCAUACGCGUCGCCGCCGCGCGCACGCAGCGCACGCAUGCCAUGCCGCGCCCGCAUCUCGCCAAGGUGCCGCCGCUGGAGUGCGCGUCGGGCGCCAGCUCCGCGGAGUGCUCCUCCAGCGAGGACAGCGUGGCCGGCCCCUACGCCAGCGAGCACAGCGAGCCCUACGCCUCCCGACCUGAUGAGGGGUACGAGGCUGAUGUGGAGGUGGGCAAGCUGGACGCGCCUCCGCUGUACCGGUCGAGGAAACUGUCCGGAUCCAUGGCCACCAUACCUUCAGGCAUCUCGUCUCCAGUGGGCGAGCUGAGCGCGGAAUGCGGCGAGUACACGAAGAGCGGCGAGCUCGCGCACCCCGAGCUGUGUGUCAUCGUCGUCGAUAUACUCACCCAGCUCAUACACAAACUGGUGCAGAGCCGUCAGUCGGGGUCGUGCGAGGAGGCGGCGUGGCGCGCCGGCGUGGGCGUGGCGCGCGCGUGGUGCGGGCGCGUGGGCGGCGCGCUGGCCCGCGCCCGCCCCGCGCACCCCGCGCUGCUGCGGAGGUUGCUGGCGCCCGCGCCCGCCAUGCUGCUGGCCGCCACCGACACACGACUCGAAGACUUGCAGCGCAGCAUCCUGGAGCUGAUCCACGUGCUGGCGUCGCAGAGCAUCGAGCCGGCGGAGCUGGCCGCCUUCCUGAAGCUGUUCACGGCGGAGCGGCCGCCGCUGGCGCUACUGCUGGGCGCGCUGCACCGCCUCGUCUCCACCGCCACAUACAACACGCCCGACUGCAUACUCACCUUCCCGGUCGACAGCGACAAUACUGACGGCAUCCAGUCCCUGGCCGAGGAGCUAAGUUACUUGGUAGUGAACACCACCACCUCACAGAGCCACCACGCGGAGAACUGCGCCAAGCGGUUCCACGAGUCACACAUCAGAGCUGGCGUGGUGUCCCCGUGGUCGUGCCACGCGGUGCGGUGCGGCGUGGAGGGCGCGGGCUGGGCGCCGUGGCUGGCCGGGUUCGCGCUCACCGUCUGGUUGCACGCGCAGCUGCACCACACGGACCAUACUGAGUGCCUGGACGAGCUGUCGGAGUCCGGUUCGGAAGCCGAGAGCAGCGCGAAGUCCCCGCGCGCGGAGGCGGGCAGCCAGCCCGCGCCGCUGUCGCACGUCCUGUCCGUCGGACACGAGUCGCUCAUGCUGGAGCUCUGGCUCGACACCGGGACAGGGUCGUUCACCUUCCGGCUGUCGCGUCCGGAGCCGGGUUCCAACCGCAUCGUGUCGGAGGCGCGCGUGGCGGCCGCCAUGCCGCCGCGCCACUGGACCUGCGUCGCGCUCAACGUCAAGGAACUCGUCUACAAGAGGCACAUCUACAUACAGGUGACGCUGUAUGUGAACGGAUACGAGUGUGAGACCGUAUCUCUUCCGGUGCAAGGUAUCCUGGUGCGCAAGGUGACGCCGACGUGCGUGCUGGUGGGGCACGCGGCGGCGCGCGGCGCGGGGGCGGGGGCCUACCACCUGGCGGGGCUGCGCCUCUACCGCGCGCCCGUGCUCACGGCCUACACGGCGCUGCAUCUCACCGCGCACGGACCCGACCAGUGCUGCCAGGUGAAAUGCGAGUCUCCCAACUACCCGUUGUUACUGACGCCGAACGUGCUAGACUCCAACAUUGACUGGGAUCAGGUGUUCGAGAUCUCGUCCGCGACGCUCCGCGAGCUGCACGAGCAACUCCUGCUGACGUUCUCGGCCAGCGCGCCCAACAUCAUCAACCUCUACCAUCAGACCGCACCGCUACCCACUGUAUUCGCGGGCCGCGUGGCGUCCACAGCGAGCCUCAUGUCGGUGUCGGGCGGGCUGCCGGGCGCGGGCGCGGGCGGCGCCGGCCAGGGCUCCUCCAUCCCCGAGACACUGUUCACCACCUGGACCGGAGCCCCGCUGCCCAGCAGGCACCGGGGGCUCAUGCCCGCGCUCUACAUGCUCGGCGGACCGGACAUACUGCUAUAUCUCUUCGCUAGGGUAGUGGAGCUAGAAGGCACGGCGCGGGAGCAGGCGCAGGCGCUGAGCAUCUUGCUGCGCGCGUGUCGCGUGGACACCCGCCUGCACGCCGCGCUGCCCGCCACGCACAUGCACCGCAUGCUGCGCGCCGUGCUCGCCGCGCCCGCCUGCACCGUCACGCCGCAUCUACUCAAGGUGAUCCUGGACGAGGCAUGCAGUAGUCCAGUACUGACGAUAUGCGGCGACAGCGUGCAGCUGGCGGCGCGGACGGACGCCGUGCUGCUGCAGCCCGACCUGCUCGUGUUGUUGGCUGACUCCUGGAGGCACUUCGAGACUGAACAGGAGUGGUGCUGGGAGGUGGAGGUCCCCCCCGGGGGUGGGGGCGCCGGCACCCGCGAGCCCCAGCGCGGGUCGGGGCUGGCGCUGGUGCUGGCGGCGGUGCGCGCGCUGCUGCGCACGCGCCACCCGCGCCGCGCCUUCAACCACUACCAGAUGACCAGGACCAGUCUACUCGACCAUUUGCUCAGGGCCUGCAAGGAGCGGUUCCUGAACUCGGACUGCGGCCCCCUGGACCCGGUGGCCAGCGCGGCGCUGGUGGACGUGGUGCGCGGCCUCAUCGGCGCCCCGCCGCUGCUGCACCGGCUCGCGCUGCUCUGCGACUUCCUACUGCUCAUGCACCAGGCAAGCGAUACAUUUGUAACGCACUCUCGAGCCAACUUCUACUUCCUACUAACGUCGGAGACACAGGAUAUGAGUGAGUUCUCCACCAGUUCCUCCAAGAAACGGUCCUCCAAACGAGGGAAGAAGAGGACCGAAGAAAGACCAAGCGUCUCCAGCAACUCCACAGAAGAAGUGCUGAAUGAUAAUAGUCUUAAUUCCCUGAAGGAAAAGGCUCAAAAUCGCGAGCUCGAUGACCGGAUAGACAGCAGCUGUGGUAGUACGGAAUCGACGAAACAGAUGAAGUCUAAGAUUAACUCACAGAUCAAGGAAGGCAGGAAACAUAACGCGUCGUCCACGUCUGAGAAUUCUGAUACUCCAGUCGAGGGCACAAUUGGGGAGCAGGGGCCCGGGGACAAAGAGCCCGGGCAGCAGGGGCCCGGGGACAAAGAGCCCGGGGCCCCUGUGGCGGAGGAUAAGGCUGCGGUGACGCAGGAAGACCUCACCGAGUACAUUGUUGUAGACGUGGACGACGUCAACCACACCACCGUCGAGAUGUACACCAGCGGGAUCUACCACCAGCGGCGCGUGCGUGCGGGCGCGGCGUCGGGGUGGUCUGCGUGCGAGGGCCUGCUGCUGCUGCUGCGGCACGCGCUGGCGCUACUGCCCGACCACGCGCACCACCAGGCGGUGUGCAGCGCGGUGUGCGCGGAGACGCUGGUGGUGCUGAGCAACCAGCGCGAGGCGGGCGCGCGGGCCGCCGCCGUGCGCGCGCUGGCCGCGCUCACGCGCCGCGCCAGCCCCGACCUGGCGCGCCGUCUGCACGCGCACCACUACUACAUACACCUCGCCAACCAGAUCUCCCUGUACGAGGGGUCGUGGGAGCUGGCGGCCGCGUGCGCCGCGCUGCUCACCAAGUGCGACGUGCCGCUCGAGGACCAACUCGAUGACGACAUCUGGGUGGACGUGACGGAGGAGUCCCUGCACCGCUGCCCGCCGCUGCUGGCGCUGCUGCCGUGUUGCCUGGGCGACGUGCCGCUGGCACACAACCUCACGCUGCUGUGUCGCAGGAUCAUCGACAAGGCGUCUCUGAAGAUGCUGAGCGAGGUGUCGCUGGCGGAGGUGGUGGUGCGGGCCGUGCGCGGCGUGGGCCAGCUGCCCGACGCCAACUUCGAGGGCCGCGACCUCCUGCUGGAGGACCUGUACGAGCUGCUCAACAGGAUCGCUGUCAAGGCGCUCUCCAUACAACAUGGUGUACAGUGUCCGCAGGCGGUGAUGGAGCUGCACCAGCUGCUGAGCUACGUGGAGGCGGUGGGCGGCGCGGGCGAGCGGCGCGUGGCGCGCGGGGCGCAGCGCGCGCUGUACUGCGCGCAGCUCGACCUGCUGGAGCAGCGCCUGCAGCACGCCGCCAGCGCCGCCGUCAAGCACAACUACUUCACCACCGUGCUGACGUCGGCGGUGUCGCUGGGCGGCGACGAGCGCGGCGAGCUGGGCGCGCGCCACGUGGCCACCGUGCUGCGCGCGCUCGCCUUCCUGCUCACGCACUGCCCCACGGACCCCGUGGGGGACGACGCGCAACUCUUCCACCGCCUGCUGUCCACGCUGCUGAUGGCGGUGAGCGGUGCGGCCCCGGGGCGGGCGCGGUGGUGGGCGGCGGGCAGCGCGGAGUGGGCGGGCGCGCUGCAGGAGCUGUUCUGGUGGGGCGCCGCCCCCGCCGCCGGCACGCGCGAGCUGCAGCCCGCCUUGCUGCGCGCGCUCUACCACGCGCCGCAACACGUGCUGGCGCUGCUCACGCCGCACGACCCCGCGCAGCUCAGGAAGUUAGCAGUGUACCUGCUGACGAUCCUGAAGCACGUGCACGGGGCGGCGGAGAACGGCGAGCCCAGCGUGGAGCUGGCCAUCACGGACUGGGCGCGCACGUGGGCCGUGGCCACGCAGGCCGGCCUCAGCGACCGCGUGCCCAGCCACGCGCUGGCGCCCGAGGCCGCCGCCCUGCUGCAGCAAGACAUCGCGCGCUGGGCCGCCGCCGCCGCCAGGGCCAGGCCUCACAUUGCCAAAGUGGUAUGGAGCAAGGACGGGCUGGCCAGCAAGGUGACGGAGAGUGCGAUGUCUGUGACGCGCGGCGUGGUGGACGUGCAGAACGCGCAGCGCAAGGCCUUCAUGGAGCACCUGCGGCGCGCGCAGGCCGGCCAGGCCGCCGCGCACCACGCCUGGCAGACGCUCAUCGACACCUACACGCACGAGCAAGCGGUGUGGCACGACCCGCGCACGUACCCGGCGUCGUGGCAGCUGGACGACGCGGAGGGCCCGGGGCGCGUGCGCGUGCGGCUGCGGCGCGCGCCGCUGCUGGUGGCCGAGCGCUUCCUGCAGCCGGCGCAGCGCCACAAGGCGGGCCCGCGGGCGGCGCCGCUGGCGCGCGUGCUGGCGCCGUGGCUGGCGCGGCGCGGCGGGCUGGUGGCGCGCCUGCAGCUGCACGAGACCGUGGCCUACAUGGCGCGCGCCACGGCCGUCAGCGUGGCCGCCGAGCUGGACGGCGAGCUGCUGCUCACGGACAAGUGCAUCCACUUCGUGCCGGACGACGCGCCGCCGCUGCCCAGCCGCCGCGAGCGCCUCUACAUCCCCGAGCUGCAGGCGGCGCCGCAGGCCCACAGCUGGGCGCUGGACAGCGUGGCGCAGGUGGCCACGCGGCGCUGGUGCCUGCAGGAGCGCGCCGUGGAGCUGUUCCUCACCUCGGGCCACGCGCACCUGCUGGCCUUCGCCGACACCGCCGAGCGCGCCGCCUUCCUCAAGGCGCUGGCAGCCACGCACCACCCACCCGAUAGAAUCGAGCCCGACACGUUGACAGACGCGAUGACCCAGUGGCGUAACGGGAACAUCACCAACUGGGAGUACCUGAUGCGGCUGAACGGGCUGGGCGGGCGCUCGUACAACGACCUGAUGCAGUAUCCCGUGCUGCCCUUCGUGCUGGCGGACUACACCUCGCGCAUCCUGGACCUGGACGACCCCGCCUCCUUCCGGGACCUCAGCAAGCCCAUGGCCGUGCAGAACAAGAACAGGGAGCAGCAUUACAUCAACAUCUACAACGACCUGAAGGCGGCCCGGCGCGAGGGCUGCAGCCCGCUGGUGGCCCGCGCGCCGCACCACUACGCCUCGCUGUACUCCAACUCCGGCGGCGUGCUGCACUACCUCGUGCGCGUGCCGCCCUUCACCGAGCUCUUCCUCAACUACCAAGACAACAACUUCGACAUGCCGGACCGCACGUUCCACUCGCUGGCCACGACGUGGCGGCUCAUCACCAACGACUCGCCCACCGACGUCAAGGAGCUCAUUCCGGAGCUCUUCUAUCUGCCCGAACUGUUCCACAAUAAUGAAGGCCUGAACCUGGGCAAGCGUCAGUGCGGGGCGAGCGUGGACGACGUGGAGCUGCCCCCGUGGGCGGCGGACGCGCGCCUGUUCACGCUCAUACACCGGCAGGCGCUGGAGUCCGCCUACGUCACCGAGCACCUGCCGCACUGGAUCGACCUGGUCUUCGGGUACAAGCAGACCGGCCAGGCCGCGCUCGACGCCAUCAACGUCUUCCCCGCCUGCACGUACUACGGGUUCGACCCCAUGGCGCUGGAGGAGGAGGUGGACCGCACGGCGGCGGCCGCCAUGGUGCGCACGUACGGGCAGGCGCCGCGGCAGCUGCUGCGCGCGCCGCACCCGCACGCCGCGCGCGACGUCGCCAGCGCCGGCGCCGCGCCCGCCGCGCCGCCCGUGUGGGCCGGCGUGCGCGCCGCGCGCUGGGGCCGCUGGGCGGGCUCCCCGGCGCUGCCGCCGCCCGUGCCGGCCGCGCGCCGCUCGCUGCCGGCCGCCGCCGCCCUGCACGCGCUACCGCACGCGCGCUCCGUCGCCGUCGCCACAAGGGCCACCGCACUCGUGGCGCUACACGCCGAAGUGGGCGGCACGGGCCACACGAGUGGCCAGGGUGCGCCCCUGGCACUAGUGUCGUGGGGCCACUCCGACAACAUCGUCCGCCUCAAGCGGCGCCGCGACCUGCGCCCCGACCUACUGCUGCAACUGUGUGCACUCGACCAGAUAACGAAGGUGGUGUCGUGUGUGUCGGCGGGGUGUCCGUACCCGCUAGUGCUGGGCCACGCGUCGGGGCGCGUGGUGUGCGUGCGCGUGCGCGAGGCGGGCGGCGCGGUGCGCGCGCAGUGUCGGCCGCUGCACGCGCACCGCGCGCCCGUGCACGCGCUGCACGCCGCGCCGCGCGCCGGCCUGCUCGUGUCCGCCAGCCUCGACGGGCACAUCGUGCUCUGGGACCUGCACAAACUGACGUACAUCCGCACGCUGCCCAACCGCGACAUGUUGUCGGUGACGCACGUGACCAUCAGCGAGACGCUGUGCGACAUCGCGUCGGUGCACGACAUCACGGCCAGCAACGCGGGCGCCAGCACGGGGCCCGCGGGACCCGACCUGGACGGGAACAACGACGCCGAGGCCUACGAGAAGGACGCCUACAAGUACAAGUCGCUCAUCAGAGUACACACCGUCAACGCGCGGUUUGUAGGCAGCGUGAAGGUGGUGGAGGAGGUCACGUGCAUCUGCUACUCGGGCGCGGCGGAGGGCGUCAGCGUCAACGGCAUCGCGGCCGGCCUGCACUCCGGGGGGCUGCGCCUCUACAGCUCCUGGGACCUGCGGCCGUUACUCUACCUGCCGCCGCCAGACACACGCGCGCCGCUGCUCAGCCUGACGUACAGCAGCGACUCGAGCCUGCUGUUCGGUUGCUACGGGUCGGGCGUGGUGCUGGCCUGGGACAGCUGCGGCUCGCAGCGCCCCGCGCCCGUACGGAUCGUACCUGCGCAGGCACUGUUCUGACACUACACUACUAUACUACGUCUCAUAGGACACCUCCUCGUACCGACUACAGACGAACAAACUGCAUUUGGUACCAGUUACCGACUAAAAGACUGCUGCAAUAAUCUCCCAGUAGAUUAUACGUAUAGUACAUUGUCGUAUUAGUUACAUGUAUACGUUGCAUGCUGUGAACUGCAAGUGACGGUCGAAACAUUAGCUGCAAGGUAAACUGGACUUAUGAACAAGUCAUCAUAAAGACAUGACACUUGAUAUACCUAAUCGUCUUCUUACCUUUAUACCAAAAUACAUGAAGUAUGCGCAAUAUGUCAAACGUCAUCCUAUUAAGAAGACCCUUAUCAUUCAUAUUGUUAAUCUUACCUUUUUACCCUUCACACCUAAGUCCAGUACUCCCGUUGUCGCAUGAUAAUGUGGCACAUGAAUUUACGGCAAGCAUUGGCUAAGUCAUAUCGAUUGUAAAUAAAUAUAUCAUAGUAAUCAAGGUCUUCCCUUUAUGUAAGGUCUGUAGAAUAAGUUGUACGGCGUUAGGUAAUGCAAUAGUUUUGUAAUGUUUGUGCCAAAUAUACAUGCUACAUGAGCAAUAUUUUAAAAUGUAAACAAUGAAGUAUUUCGCAGAGCGAUAUAUUUACGUGUGUAUUUUAUAAUUACGACCCUUGUAUGUUUUGUAUAUUUUUCGGUUUUUUAAAUAGUGUAAUUCGGUUUUUUAAGAUUUGUAAAUAGUGUUCAGUCGAGGUGUAAAUGAGAGCAGGUAAUAUUUUUGUUACAAUUCCAUGGAAAUAUACAACAAACUUGAAUAAUCGAUGGCUUCCAUUGUAGACUGUUUGUUUGUUUGAAACUAAAACAAAUGAUGUGUUCAGAGAGGCAACAUAAUGGUAUUAUGCAAAGCAGUGAUUCCAUAUUUAAAACAUGUUGUAUGUUGUGCAUGCUCUAUCUAUAAGACUGUUAUAUAGUUGCAAACGUAUGCUAGUAUGAGCAGUAACACAUAUCUUAGUUAUAGUAAGUGUAAAUAUAUGUUUAUACCAACAUUCCUACAGCUGCUAUUGUCAUUUGCUAAGUGUUUAGUACAAUAUGUUUAGGUUUUGUUACGAAUAUAAUGCAACAUUGUUAUAACUUUGGUUAUUCUACAUCAAUUUGUUAUUUAUGUAAUGUUCAAAGAUUCGUGAGGCUAUAAAGGUCGAAGCCCUUUCAGUAUUUAUAAUAGGUGAUGUGAUUGCUCACAAUAUUUAUUGCAUGUUACUAUAUUCAUAAUGUAAUACCUAGGCAAAGCUACGAAACAUUGCCGUCCUAUAUGUAUAACAGUUACACCAAUUGGCAAUAAACACCAAAAGUGAAUAAUUUUCUUGCCUUAUUUAUAAUAUUGUAAUAUAUUGCGUUGUAAGUUAUUAAUAAUGUCUGUUGAGUUUUAUAAAUCAAUAAAGCAUUUUUUUUUAAA